CAUAAAGAAUAUUUCAAAGCGGAAUUUGCUGUGAAGUCAGCUAUGUGGGUGUGUCAAAGGUGUUUCGAACUCAAUGACAAACAGGAUUUAGUUUGUAAAAAAUGUCACCACACACGCGGAGAAAAAGAUAGAAAAGAGGAAAAUGUUCCUUCACAAGGUGAGGGGUUAUGCCCACAAUGCAAUGUCGUCAUAGACGUUUCUACUGGAAUGUGUCAAAACUGCAGCAUGAAAAACGUUUCGGUUGCACGGAUUGAACCAUUUGGGGAAAACUCUGGACCAAUCGAAGAACUCAGGAUGGUACUUCUGGGGAAAACGGGAGCGGGGAAGAGUGCAACAGCAAAUACAAUCUUGAAUGAACAUGUCUUUCCCUCUAGGAGUUCAUUGAAAGCAGUAACUGACAAAUGCCAGUACCACAGAAGGGAACGUUUUGGUAAGAUUAUCCAGAUUGUCGACACCCCUGGGCUAUUCGACACCAAUUUGGAUAAAACCAUGGUUGAAGAAGAGAUCAAGAAAUGCAUCGCUAUGUCCACUCCUGGUCCCCAUGCAUUCCUUAUGGUUGUUUCCUUCACUGGAAGAUUCACCCAGGAAGAUACCCAAGUGUUUAAGAGUCUUGACGAUAUUUUCGGAAAAGACAUGAAGAGGUACAUGAUCAUCGUUUUCACAAACAAGGAUAUGAUUGAAAGAGAUGUUGGGGAACAUAUUGAAGAUUGUCCUGAUACUUUGAAAGAGAUUCUGGGGGAAGCCAAAGGUGGAUAUAUCACCUUCAACAACAGAGGGAAGGAUCACGAGAAAGAUGAGGAUGUCAAGAAGCUUCUAGAUGGAAUUGACAUCAUAGUGAAGUCGAAUGAAGGCGGCUGUUUCACUUCUGAGACGUUCAGAGAGGCCGAGGAAGUCAUGCAAAGCAGAAUUAUGGAAGAACUGGAAAGGAAGAAAGAGGAGAUGAUGAAAGAGGUGGAGGAAGAGGUGCGAAAGGAGAUGGAAGAAGAAUUCAGAAAACAAAAGGAAUACUUUGAACGGCUCAAAGAAGAAAGUGACCAUGAAAAGCAUUAUCUAGAGAGAGAACUCGCAUCUGAGAAACGAAAGUCAGAGAGACUUCGCAAACCAAUGGGCCCCCAGGAAACCACGAUGGAGAAGAUGAAGUUACAAAAUGUGGUACAGAGAGAGGUAAAAACUAAAGCAGAGCAAGAUACAAUCAUCCGACGUAUCCAAAGGUCAGAGGGAUCAGAGAGAGCCAGGAUGCAGCAAAAACUGUCUGCCCUUGGGUCGCAAGUCAAACAGAUUGUGGCGGAGAAGAAACAAGCAGAAGAAGCAGCAAUAGUGAAGAGAUAUGCAACUAAUGUCGAUGAAGAGUUGCCGAAGCUUCGGAAUAUGGAAAGACAGGCGAUCCAGAGAGGAGAAGAAGAAACCAUCGGGAGGUACAAAAGGGGCAUGAAAAAAAGAGGGAUGGCUUUCCUAAAUUUCUUCCGACAGAUUUUACCAUGAAGACUAUACACAACUUCCCACACAGAGAAUGCGGAGAAACAGGCCAACAUUGGCCAAGGAACUACAUACAUAACUUGCCAACAUUCACCAGGAGGAAAGCUACACACAAAACACUUGCAAACAUUUACCACAAUAACUACGUACAAAACACUUGCCAACAUUCACCACGACGAGAACUACACACAAAACACUUGCCAACAUUCACCACGACGAGAACUACACACAAAACACUUGCCAACAUUCACCACGACGAGAACUACACACACAACACUUGCCAACAUUCACCAUGAGUGGAACUACACACAACACUUGCCAACAUUUACCAUGAGUGGAACUACACACAAAACACUUGCCAACAUUCACCACGACGAGAACUACACACAAAACACGUGCCAACAUUUACCACGAGUGGAACUACACACAAAACACUUGCCAACAUUCACCACGACGGGAACAACACACAAAACACUUGCCAACAUUCACCAUGAGUAGAACUACACACAAAACACUUGCCAACAUUCACCACGACGAGAACUACACACAAAACACUUGCCAACAUUUACCAUGAGUGGAACUACACACAACACUUGCCAACAUUUACCAUGAGUGGAACUACAAACAAAACACUUGCCAACAUUCACCACGACGAGAACUACACACAAAACACUUGCAAACAUUUACCAUGAGUGGAACUACACGCAACACUUGCCAACAUUCACCAUAAUCCAGAAGGAAGCAUGAAAAAAGCCAGUUAUAUAUCGCCAUGAUACUAUUGGAAAAUGUUUCCAUUUAUAUUUCAGAAUGUAUUUCCAAAAUAUUACAGAUUUAAUUAACAUUUGGGACACCAAUGUGACUUUGGUUUGUGUUACAUAAUGUAUUGAUGAUAAAGGCGAUUGUGAUCAUGAUUAACAGUACUGUAAUUAUCUUAAUAAAGUGUACCCUUGUGUUGAAUCACA